AUGUCCCCGUACAACUUCCAAACCACAGCAGAAGAGGUGGCUCGAGACUGUCAGAAUGCUAUCGCCAACAAAACCGUGCUGGUAACAGGUGUUAGCCCUGGUGGUCUUGGUGCAGAGUUUGCCAAGGUCAUUGCCGUUCAUCGUCCUUCCCUCAUCAUCCUGGCCAGCCGCAAUCGACUCAAGGCGCAGCAAACUGCAGACGAAAUUGCAGACAUUGCUCCAACAGUGCCUACUCGUGUAUUGGAAUUGGAUCUGGCCUCUCAGACCCAGGUCCGUAACGCUGCUCAGGAAGUCCUGGCAUAUGACGAACAUAUAGACGUGCUCGUCAACAACGCCGGCAUCAUGGCAUCGCCGUUUGCAUUGUCAGAAGACAAAGUCGAAAGCCAAUUUGCUACGAACCAUGUCGGACAUUUUCUCUUCACCAACCUGAUCAUGAGUAAACUGGUCAAGUCUGGGCAUUGUCGCGUCGUCAAUGUGUCCAGCAAUGGCCACCAGCUGGGUCCCGUCCGGUUCCAUGACUGGAAUUUUGAUAAUGGCAGAAACUAUGAUGCGUGGCUGGCCUAUGGGCAAACCAAAUCAGCCAACAUACUCUUCUCCGUGUCUCUGGCUCAGAAGCUUGGUAACAAGGGCCUUACCUCCGUCAGCCUGCAUCCGGGGACUAUUCACACACAUAUAACGCAGGGUAACUUGGACGAGUUGCUCAAAUCACUCACGAAAUGGUUCAGGGUACUGGGCUAUUUUCGUGACGGGCAGAAUGAUAUUUCAUGGAAGACGCUGUCGCAAGGCGUGGCAACACAUGUGUUUGCCGCGUUCCACCCGUCCCUCACAGCAACAGAAAACAAUGGAAGUUAUAUCCAGGAUUGCACAGUGUUGAAGCGGGAAGAUGUGCGCAGCUGGGCUCGUGAUCCCAUUGAAGCAGAACAAUUGUGGAAGUUGACUGAGGAGAUUGUGGGUGAAAGGUUUGCGUAUUAA